AACCUUGUUGCAGCUUUCUGUUGUGGUGUGGUCGCCGUGGGUCGCCCGAACCUCGAACCCGAACGAAAAGCGAAAACUAAAAAAAAAAAAAACAAGUAAUCGUAAUCACCUACAGUGAUUACACUACAGCCGCCGAUCGGUCAAUCUACGUUGCUUGGCUUCUGACUCGAAUUGCUCGAAUACUCAUUUCAAUUCUAUAAUUCAAAGUGUUUACCUACUGUUCAAAUCAAUGCUGAAAGUCAAGUUCCACGAUGCUACCAAACUUUCGCCAGCUGAGGUGUUGCUUUAUUUUUGUACCGUUCAGAAAUCAAAGUUCAACUUCCAUCACAGAAAUUAUUCCAAAGCAUCUGAAAAGUUGAAACCUGUAAAGGUAGCUUACUCUUCGUACGAGACAACUGAUAAAACUCAGCUCGAUGACAAAGUUAGGAAUCCAGCGAUAAUUAUGCACGGGCUUCUGGGUUCGAAAAACAAUUGGAACUCUCUGUCUAAAACAAUACAUAGUAGAACUCAACAUAAAGUGAUCGCUAUCGAUGCUCGAAAUCAUGGAGAUAGUCCCCAUACUCCCGAAUUUACUUAUCCUCAUUUAGUAGAAGAUAUUCAUCGCUUAAUGAAGGAUCUGAGUAUUCCUAGGAUUAACGCCAUCGGUCAUAGCUUAGGUGGAAGAACAAUGAUGUAUUUCGCUUUAAAAUACCCUCAUCUCGUGAACUCCCUCGUAGUAGUUGAUAUAUCACCGAUUCGAACAUCUCCGGCAAUUUUAGAAAUGAAUCAGUUGUUUAAUGCCAUGCUCAUGGUGAAGCUAAAGGAUAAUAUUCCAUUAUCAAAAGCUAGAAAAGACGUUGACGCCCAAUUAGCGGAAGUCAUACCUGAUGUAUAUAUACGUCAAUUUCUACUGACAAAUUUGGUUGAACUUGAAGGCGGUACCUACAAAUGGCGCGUUAAUUUAGAAUCAUUAAUGACUAAUUUUUCGGCCGUGGUGAAUUUCAAACCCCCUCAAACAACGUAUAAAGGGCCGGUUUUAUUUAUUGGCGGUUCAAAAUCGUCAUAUUUAAGGUCUGAAGAUCACAAGGACAUACAAAAAAUUUUCCCACGAGCAGAAUUCAAAUAUGUAGACGGCGCAGGACACUGGGUUCACUCGGAAAAACCAGCUGAAUUUUUGGAUCUAGUCUGCGAUUUCUUGAAAAAAAAUGCGUGAAUAAUUAUCGUUACUGUAGCAAAUUUACAAUACCCGAGACUUGAGAGUGUUACAGUAUUUGCUCUUCGUACUGUUUGCCCUUCCUUUUUCAUUUUGUUUUUACUUGUCUGCAGUUUCUUUUUGUUAAAUUCAUAUUUUGAAUAUGUGUUAGAUAAAUAAUUACAUUAAAUUGUAUUGUUUUUA